UGCAACAUCAACGCCAUUAGUUACAAACUAUGCUAAUACUGAAUCUGGUGGGAUCUCAAUUAUCACAGAUUUGUUCUCGAAUACAUGACCAGUAUUACAUGGCUCAUGUAUAAUUGUGUCUGUCGCGAUAUGUAGCCGACAUUUGCUUGGGGCAUCGCCGUUGGCCAGUGCGCUCAUUAAAAGGAAGGACAUUUGACAUCUGCCCCUCCAACGUUGCUGUGACGCCUGUCCCGUGCAGGUGAGUCGUGAGGCAGUAAGCAUACCAAAUGUCGUUUCACUUUCAUCCUCUGCUGUGGCAUCGCUUGUUGCCUGUCAGAAGUAUCCGAGUUCCUGAUUAACUGCGCAUAUUUUGUCUUCACAUAUUAGCAAUUUAAUUCAUACGAUGAAUGCCACGCGCUUUGUAAAUUACACGCCAGAACGACUCCCAACACAGCCUGGAUGAGGACAAGACGUACAGAAUGUCCGUUCUUGCUAAGCCGAUACCCCCUUUAUAUACCGUCUACAUCUUGCGGUCCACUGUCAGGCAUGCUUCUCUUUAUAUUGGUAGCACACCACACCCCCCUCGGCGUUUGAAGCAGCAUAACGGCCAGGCCAAAGGUGGCGCUGCUCGUACAUCGCGAAAUACGCUGAGGCCAUGGGAGAUGGUGGCCCUAGUUUCGGGCUUCCCUGGCUCAGUAGCGGCUUUGAAGUUUGAAUGGGCUUUAACGAAUCCACAUUUAUCUCUACACAUUCCAUCCGAGUCACGUAUCACCAUCGCGACGCAGAAAAAGCGCAAUGGCCACCCCAAGCGGCCUCGCCACAGCCUGACCUCGAUCCUCUCAAACCUUCACCUGCUUCUUCGAGUCGACAGCUUUUCCAGGUGGCCUCUGAGUCUACACUUCUUCGCGCCAGAUGUCUACAAGGCUUGGAACAGGUGGUGCUCGACUGCCAGCGAGCCUUUACGGAGCAGCUUAGAAGCGUUUCCCGACUUCGCGCCUACAAUCGCCAACGUCGAAGGCAUCACAGAUUCGGGUGCGGCCCCGGCACCUGCGCCAUGGGGUAUUCAUGCUCUUCCUCUGGAUUACGCUCCGCUCAAAGAUUAUGUUGCCAAGACUAACUCCAUCUUCACAUUCGAAAGGGAAGGCGACUGCGUAGUAUGUAAAGAAGCCAUAGGCCCUGGUGAAGGUCUACAUGCCGCCUGCUAUAACGACGGCUGCGAAGGUGUUGGUCAUGUAACCUGUUGGAGUCAAUAUUUCUUAGCCGAAGAGCAGGCGGAUCACAUUCUUCCAGUGUCCGGCAAUUGUCCCGAAUGUGGCGGCAAACUCGUUUGGGGUGACAUGAUGAAGGAGAUGACCUUGCGCUUGCGCGGACCGAAAGAAGUUGAGAAGCUGCUCAAGAAGCCACGCAAACGAAAAGCCACCUCAGUCGAGGAAUAAAGAUAAUAUACGCACCCAAAGAUGCUUCUAUAUUACCAAAUAGUACUCGGUGUCCCUGAUUUUGGUUGUUAGUAAUAGUCCGUCUGUCUCGCUAAUUGCUACAAUCGGCUACCAAAUUAUCAUCAUUCUUCUAUACUACAGUUUAA